UCAAGUUCUUGACUCUUUUUGCGUUCCUUCGACGACAUACAAUUCAAUAUUUUAUCAUCUUUUACUCAUUCAGUCAGGCACAGUGUAGUAAAUUGCGUCAGUUGAAGCAUAUCAGGGGAGACCGCGCGAUGUGCCACAAAACGAUACCAUUAAACAUUGAAGAGCAAAUUCGUGUAAAUUGAAACACAAUUGCGCGACAAAGAGAGUCCACAAAGGGAGAUUUUCGUGGCCUGCUUUUGUGCUUGAGUUUACUGAGAUUUGAGAUUUCUUUCUCAAGAAGUUCCAAAGUGAAAGAUUGAUUUUGGUGCGGUGUCGCCAAGAGGAUCCCAAAAAUCACCACAGAGGGAUUUUGAAGAAGAAAAUUUUCGUUGGAGCGUGAAGAAGAUAAAAAAUUCGCAGAAGGAGAUUUUGUGAAAGAUGGGAAAGUUUUCGGGAAAAAAAUGUCGUCUCUUGACGAUGAUGUGGCUCACGGCGUUCUUCUUCUUUGUGGAAAUCGUUGUGGGCUACGUGACGAACUCAAUGGCCCUAGUAGCCGAUAGUUUUCACAUGUUGGGCGACAUUGCGGCGCUCGUAAUAUCAUUUUUGUCGAUAAAGAUGUCACCAAAGAAAUGGUCUAAAAACACAUUUGGAUGGGCAAGAGCUGAAGUUCUCGGGGCUCUUGUAAAUGCUGUCUUUCUCGUUGCACUUUGCUUCAGUAUUACCAUUGAGGCGUGCAAAAGAUUCAUCGAGGAGGAACGAAUUCAUGAGCCAAAACUCUUGGUAAUUGUUGGAUGUGUUGGACUCCUAGUCAAUGUUGUUGGAUUAUUUUUACUCUAUGAACAUGGAGGCCACGGACACUCUCACUCCCUAUCGCGAUCUCGAAAUAAGUUGACACGCUUAACAAACACGGACGAUAACGAGAACAAUUCAUUCGUGUAUCAGCAGAAUCCAUCGGCGCAGCAAUUGAAGAAGAGCUCUGGGCAUAGCCACGAUUCAUCGCAAAUGAACAUGCGAGGAGCUUUUCUCCAUGUCCUCAGUGAUGCUCUUGGCAGUGUCAUUGUUGUAAUUAGUGCAUUGGUCGUCUGGUUGACAGAAUGGAAGUACAAGUACUACAUGGAUCCAGCUCUAUCAAUUGUCCUUGUAAUUCUCAUUCUACACUCUGUGUGGCCACUGUUGCGGGAAUCGGCGCUUAUUUUGCUCCAAACAGUACCGACGCACAUUCAGGUGGAUGCCAUUCAGAAGCGUCUCCUGGAGAAGGUGGACGGUGUACUGGCGGUGCAUGAAUUUCACGUGUGGCAAUUGGCUGGGGAUCGCAUAAUUGCCUCAGCGCACAUACGUUGCCGCAAUUUGUCGGAGUACAUGAAAAUUGCUGAGAAGGUGAAGGAGUUCUUCCACAAUGAGGGCAUCCACUCGACGACAAUUCAACCGGAAUUCGUUGAGAUUGAGGCUCUCAACAGCCUCGCGGCGUCCGAUGGUAUCUCAAGUGAUCUCAAUGGGAGCGGAUCUCAGGACUGCUGUGCUCUGGAUUGCCCAACAACCGAUGAGGGGUGCGUCCGGGCGACAUGCUGCCAAAACAACAAUAAGACGCAAUUGCCAUCCCCAUCCCCAUCGCCGUUCCUCUGUCGCCAACGCAGCAGUGGAAAUGCACGGAAUGACGUGGAAACGGGCUCCCUGCUGGAUUUCCCCGUAAACAAUCUCACACCGGGCCCCACGAGGAGCACGCUAACGCCAGAGAAGAGCCCAAAGACGUCCGUCUGACGAACAGCAACGCCUCAGCGACCCUUUCAGGCAUCAACCCUCGAUAGUAAUAGUAAAGUUAGAACUUUUUCACCAUGUGGCUGUGAUGGUCGAUGUGUAAUUAGUAGAAAUAUUACCGUGGGUACUACAUUUCUUCCCCCAGAGACGCCCAAUUAUUAAAGAAAAAAAACACACAAAAAA